AUGAAUGGGCCAAAUUCAAGCCUGAAAAGGCUACAAGGCCUCUACCUGGCUGCCGCCGUCCUGCGACUUGUUUUGUUCUUUGCCUUUCCAGGUUUACCAGAACUGGUGGCUGGGCGCGUCGAGGUGUCGACUCCCGUCACCAGCUUCAAACGAUUACAAGAGGGCCUUUUCCUCUACAACCAUAAUGUUUCGCCCUACGAUGGUGGCGUCUACCACCAGGCGCCCUUGCUGCUGCCCGUCCUAUCCCUCCUGCCGAGCUUCGCCUCCUGGCCCGUCUUUACCUUUCUCUUCAAUCCGUUCACAAUUGCGACUUGUAUUGGAAGACCCUCGAGUGUCUUCACGUCAUGCGCCAUCCUGCACGCUGUCGCAAAGGCAACCAACGGUGCACCGUACAGUGCAGUGAUUGCCAUGUCAUUCGCCGCUUACUUGUCCAUGUACCCGGCCCUGUUACUUCCGCCUUUGGCGCUCUUGGCUUAUGAUCGAAGCUAUGGGCAAGGGAAAACGCAGCCUCUGGCUUUCGUGGCCAAAUUCGUUGGCGUUGCAGCAGCCACCGUCUCGGUUCUCUUCCAGAUGUCAUACUUCAUCACUGGAUCAUGGGAGUUUCUAUCCUCGACCUACGGCAUCCAGCUCACCCUCACCGAUCUAACACCAAAUGUCGGACUGUGGUGGUACUUCUUUAUUGAGAUGUUUGACUCCUUCCGGUCAUUCUUCUUGGCCGUCUUCUGGCUGCACUUGUCGUCCUACGUCGCCGCUCUGAGUGUGCGCAUUCGAUCGCAGCCCCUGUUUGUGAUUACGCUGCUCCUGGGUAUAUUUGGCAUAUUUAAGCCUUACCCCAGCAUCAGCGACACAUCACUCUUCCUUGCAAUGGUCCCGCUAUACAGGCACAUUUUCCCCCUGAUGCGGUAUACAUUCGUGGUUCCCUCGACAAUACUGUACGCCACGUUCUUGGGACCAGCGUUCUACUACCUAUGGAUAUAUGCAGGUAGCGGCAACGCCAACUUCUUCUACGCGAUCACUUUAGUGUGGAGCUUGGGCCAAAGCCUGCUCGUUAGUGAUCUCACUUUCGCAGCGCUCCGGGAUGAGUGGGAAGUGGACAGACCGGAAAUGGUCGGCAAGGAGAUUAGACAGAUUUAG